AAUAGAUAAAAAAAUUGAUUUGUACCUCGAAAGUUUUGUUGUUUUCAACUAAAACUGCAAACAUAUAAAAGAAAAUGGCCUCUUCAGAAGCAGGAAACAACAAAAGAGUUCCGAAAGUAGCUAAGGUAAAGAACAAAGCUCCUGCUCCAGUUCAAAUCACAGCAGAACAGUUGCUAAGAGAAGCCAAAGAAAGACAACUGGAGAUAGUACCCCCACCACCAAAGCAAAAGAUUUCAGAUCCAGAUGAACUUGCAGAGUACAAGCUCAGGAAAAGAAAGGAAUUUGAAGAUAACAUUCGUAAGAAUAGAAGUUCAAUAUCUAAUUGGCUAAAAUAUGCACAAUGGGAAGAAAGUCAGAGGGAAAUUCAGAGGGCGAGAUCUGUUUAUGAGAGAGGUUUGGAUGUUGAUCAUCGAAACCUGACAAUCUGGCUGAAGUAUGCUGAAAUGGAGAUGAGACAUCGUCAAAUUAACCAUGCAAGAAACAUAUGGGACAGAGCAGUGUCCAUAUUACCAAGAGUAAAUCAAUUCUGGUAUAAAUACACUUACAUGGAAGAGAUGCUAGGAAACAUUACAGGUGCUCGUCAGGUCUUUGAACGUUGGAUGGAAUGGGAGCCAGAAGAACAGGCGUGGCAUUCUUACAUCAACCUAGAAUUACGAUAUAAAGAAGUUGAAAGAGCACGCUCAAUCUAUGAGAGAUUUGUACUUGUUCAUCCAGAGGUCAAAAACUGGAUAAAAUUUGCAAAGUUUGAAGAACGGCAAGGGGAUAUUGUCAAAUCACGACAAGUGUUUGAAAGGGCUGUUGAUUUUUUUGGUGAGGAUCACAUGGAAGAGAAACUUUUCCUUGCAUUUGGMAAGUUUGAAGAAAGCUGUAAAGAGCAUGAUAGAGUCAGGGUGAUUUACAAGUAUGCAUUAGACCAUCUCCCUAAAGAAAACUGUCAGGAUUUAUACAAAAGUUAUACUCAACAUGAAAAGAAGUACGGYGACAAAGGGGGAAUUGAGAAUGUUAUUGUCAGUAAAAGGAAAUUUCAAUAUGAAGAGGAAGUCAAGGUAAAUCCAAGUAAUUAUGAYGCCUGGUUUGACUAUCUCCGUCUAAUGGAAAGUGAGGAAGAAACUGAAGCCGUGAGAGAUUUAUAUGAGAGAGCUAUUGCAAAUAUCCCACCUGCCCAGGAAAAGCGUUUAUGGCGUCGGUAUAUUUAUUUAUGGAUUAAUUACUGUCUUUAUGAAGAACUAAUUGCGCAGGAUAUGGAAAGAACGAGGCAGGUCUAUCAAGCAUGCUUGGAYAUCAUCCCACACAAAAAGUUUACAUUUGCYAAGAUGUGGUUGCUGUAUGCACAGUUUGAAGUGAGACAGAAGAACCUCAAAGCUGCAAGACAGGCUCUGGGAACUGCAAUUGGAAAGUGCCCCAAGGAUAAACUAUUCCGAGAAUAUAUAGGGCUAGAGCUACAGCUUCGAGAGUUUGACCGAUGCAGAAAACUGUAUGAAAAGUUUUUAGAAUUCAACCCAGCAAACUGUACUACAUGGGUUAAGUAUUCUGAAUUAGAGUCCAUCCUUGGGGAUUCUAGUAGAUGUAGAGCAAUCUUUGAAUUAGCUGUCAAUCAACCUCUCUUAGAUAUGCCUGAGGUGUUAUGGAAAGCAUACAUUGAUUUUGAAAUCAACCAAGAAGAGUACGACAGAUCACGUGACUUGUAUGAACGCUUACUAGAAAGAACCAAUCAUGUCAAGGUAUGGAUAAGCUACGCACAGUUUGAAUCAUCAACAGGCACUGAUGGAUGCAGAGAUCAAACCAGAAAUAUUUAUAAACGUGCAGACAAGCAGCUGAAAAAUGUCGAAAACAAAGAGGAGCGAGUGAUGCUUCUGGAGGCCUGGAAAGAGUUUGAGGACGAAGGAGAGGAUGAAGCUGCUAAACAAGUCAUCAAAAACAAGAUGCCCAGAAGAGUGAAGAAAAGGAGAAAGGUUCAAGCCAAUGAUGGGUCUGAUGCUGGAUGGGAAGAAUACUACGACUAUAUUUUCCCUGACGAUGAAGACAGUUUACCAAACUUUAAAUUGCUGCAAAUGGCAAGAAUGUGGAAGCAAAAUCAGACYGCUUGAUGGUCUUCUUGCAGAAAGUAGUAGUCAGAAGUUACUUUUUUCUGAAGUAACGUGAUAAUCAUACARGAAAGGGUACGAGUGGAUGGCACAUCAGCGCUCACACAGUUUGUCAUUAAUACCAGUACUUCAUGUAGUCUUGUAGGCUCAAUCCACAUCUGAAUAUUAUUUAUAAUAUGAAUGGUCAAAAUAGAAUGUUAAUUAAAUUUUGAUCAGGUUUCAAAGCUGGUACAUGAUAUGUACUUUUAGUGUGAACAAAGACGGGGACUUUAUUAGUAACAUUUAUUGAGACAUGAAUGUUUCCAUCUCUUUGUCAUCCCACAUACUAGUUUUUGUAACAAUGUAAAUAGAACAAAAAGAUAAAUUAAAUGGUAUUAUCUUAU